UUCCAGGAGAACCCGUACGUGAUGCGCGUGGGCGGCGCGGGCGGCCCCGAGCGCUACGAGGGGUUCUGCGUGGACAUGCUGCGCGAGCUGGCGGCGCUGCUCAAGUUCCGCUUCCACAUCAAGCUGGUGGAGGACGGGCUCUACGGGGCGCCCGAGCCCAACGGCUCCUGGACCGGCAUGGUGGGCGAGCUCAUCAACCGGGAGCCCAACGGCUCCUGGACCGGCAUGGUGGGCGAGCUCAUCAACCGGGAGCCCAACGGCUCCUGGACCGGCAUGGUGGGCGAGCUCAUCAACCGGGGUGAGGUGAGGCUCCUGGACCGGCAUGGUGGGCGAGCUCAUCAACCGGGGAAAAAUCCCAUAAGGAAAUCCCAUAAGGAGCCCAACGGCUCCUGGACCGGCAUGGUGGGCGAGCUCAUCAACCGGGAGCCCAACGGCUCCUGGACCGGCAUGGUGGGCGAGCUCAUCAACCGGGGCCGCAAGCCGGGGUAUUUCUCCUUCCUAGACCCCUUCUCGCCGGCCGUGUGGCUCUUCAUGCUCCUGGCCUACCUGGCCGUCAGCUGCGUGCUCUUCCUGGCCGCCAG